AUGGAUUCUGUAGGCUUAUCCCAAAAUGAAAACAGUACUGCAGAGAAAAAUAUGUACCUUUUAUAUGCUUCACUUCCAGAACCAACUUCCUUUCCUCGUAUUGGAGAACAACACCAAGCUAGAAUACCACCUUUGCUGACAGAAGAGGAACGUCUUCAAGAAAGACAGAGACCAGCAAGUGUUGAUCAUGAAUCCCCAGAGCAUGAUAAAAUCUCUAUUGAAUCAGGGGGUUUCAUCCCAAUUAAAUGGGUUACUGAAAAGGGUGAUCACCAAAACCAAGUAGAUGAUGAGCAGAAUGAGAAUACUGAAAAUGCUCAACUAGAUCCAGUAGUACCAUUCACUCCUCUGCCUAGUUCUGGAGAAAACUCUUGGGGUCCUUUAGAAGAAGAAAGCUUUCUCCUUAGUCUUUACAUAUUUGGGAAAGAUCUUGUUCAAGUGAAAGUUUUCAUGGAUGAGAAAAAAUACAACAAUAUUCUUCCGUACUACUAUGGGAGUUUCUAUGGGUCUGAUUCAUUUAAGAAAUGGACCAAGGGUAAAAAGAUCCAAAGAAGAAAGUGUGGACGUGGGAAAAAAUUGUUUACUGAUCAGAAGACUCUACGUAAAUUUCUGGAAAGACUUCUACCUUUGAUAUCAAAAGAAACUAAGAGUUUAUUGCUAAAGGCUGCUGAUAGUUUGAAUGAGAAGGAAAUUUCUAUGGAGUGCUUUGUGUUUACAGUGAGAUCUUAUGUUGGUCUGGAAAUUUUUGUGAAUGCUGUUGGCAUUGGAAAAGGAAAAUGUGACCUAACUACCUUUGCAUUUAAACAAGUUAAAAAGAAGAAAAAAAUCAAAUCUGUUCCAAGAGUAACAAGGAGAUCAAAAAGCAAGCCAUUCUCAUCUUUUACCUCUGGAGACAUUAUCAACUAUCUAACAGGAGGUUCCAGAUUAAGCAAAACAAAGUCAAGUGAUCUCUUUUGGAAAGCUGUUUGGCCUUGCUUGGUGGCAAAAGGAUGGAACUCAAUGAAUCUCAAGGGUAACCUUUCAAAGAAUCAUCUGGUAUUUCUAGUCCCUGGUAUCAAGAUGUUCUCAAAGAAAAUACAUAAAAAAGGCACACACUAUUUUGAUUCUAUCAGUGAUAUCUUAAACAAAGUUGCAGCAGAACCAAGUCUUCUUGAGCAAAAUGCUGAAUGUUCCAAAGGGAAAAAGUUGUAG